UUCAGAGACUCGGUUUCUUCCCACGGAAUUCACUCGCUGCUCUUCCAUCACAGCCCUUCUCCCCAGAGAUAUUUACCAGCAUCAACUUGCCAGGGGCAAGAAGCCAGUUAGACCCGCUCCCUCUCACUGGCAUGAAUGAGAAGGACAGAAGUGGUGCCCAACCCUUGUACAAACUAUGUCUUUUCUUCUGCAGCAAGAUGCCAAAGACCCCCACUCUUCAGUGGGUCUGAGCUCCAGGUGCCGGGGGCUGUGGAGUGAAUGUGUGUUUGAUAACAUGGCCAACCUCUGGACCUGCGACAUCCCCAUCUCCUACCUCAACGAGCACUCUGCUGCCCUGGUGAUUACUCGUGCUUUAGUGAUUGUGACCGGCAUUCUGUGCCUUGGUGCGGUGCCCUGUUUAAUCGCAGGACUGAAAUGCACCAAGCUGAUCAGUGACCAGGUCCAUCAGAAAUACAAAUUCUCCUUUGCUGCUGGGACCCUUUUCCUUCUGGGAGGGCUGUCAGGAGCAAUCGCAGUUCUCUGGUAUGCAGUGGACACUGUUCAGAAGUAUAGGCUAGAGGUCAGUCUUGGGAUCCCAGGGGUGACCUAUGAACUGGGCUAUUCAUAUUGGAUGGCUGCAGCCGGCACCAUCUGCAUAUGUGUGACAGGGAUCCUACUGAUUGUCGCCAACUUUCCCAGGACCCGGACACCAAGACGGGGGAGGAACCAUCCACGUGCCUGCCUGCCAUCUGUCUCCCAGAGGAAAGGCACCUACCUGUGAGGCAGUGAGCACUUCACUCUCUGACAGCCACUGGAGACAAGGGCCUUUGCUUUAGUGCAAGAUGCUCUGGAUAACAGAAGAAAUUUUGUUUUUGUCAAUGUUUACUGUCCCACCCCCAGUUUUUGAUCAGAUCUACCAUACCCCAGUGCUGUGAGAAGCCCCCUCACUCCCUUGGGAGAGCAGUCACAUGCACACUGACAUUAAUGGGGCUACUUGUGCAAGUCCCAGAGGCGUGAAGGAUUUGCACUCGGGUCCAGAGGGAGGGUCAGUGUGGCACUGCGGGAAAUGCAGCACAGCCUAACGAUGGUCAGGCAGCUUCACCAAAUAGUUGUAGAAACUGUUAAAGCUGCAAGUCACCUUGGGGGCAGGAGAUAAUCCCGAUGUCUGUGCAUAGCGGUGAAGGCAGGAUCAUUGCAGGGCACUAUGCUCUGGAGCAGCAGGACUAGCCUGGGGACAGACGGCAAUGCCAGCUACACUUGGUUUCUAUCUCUGCUCAUUUCUCUUUACGUGUGCGUGUACGCGCAAAUGGGAGAAUCUGUGUGAACUAGAUGCUAGUGUCUCAGCAAUGAACUGAUUAGCCCUUAGAUAAGAGCAGUUAGCGCACUAUGAAGCAGCGGUACUUCUUCAUUCCUAUAGACAUUCCUUUGUCUUCAGCUUUUUUCAUAUUAAUCUAUAACACAUUAAUUACACUUUAUUAUAGUGGAGGAAACCUCUUAUUUACUAGAAGAAAGCAACAAAUGGUGCACUUAAGAAUGAGACCAAAUGACUUCUUUUUGUUCAACAUUUGGGGAAAAAAAAUCACUGUGCUAGUGAUCGAAGGCAAAGAAAGACUGGAACUAGGAAACAUCACAGAAUAAAUGGCAUCGGCCCAUAGUGGCCCUGAUUUUGGGCAAUAGAACAGCUUGUAUGGAAAUGCUCCCCCACUCUGUAUGGCCAGGUAUUAAUUUAAUAGAAAUAGCCAGCUGGGCUCCUCAUUUUCUGCUAGAAGCAGAAUUUAAUAGGGAUCCAGGUAAAAUAGGAAGAGAUUAAGCAUACAAUGUCAGAAGCAAAGAAUGUUGGCCUGACUCUGCUCCCCCUAACAGCUCUGAGAUCUUGGGUUGGGAUUUUCCAAGUAGCGUCUCAAGAGAGUUAAGAACUGGCAUCCUAUUGUGAACUUUAGGCUCUUUUGACUACCUCGGCCUUCACCCAGUAGUGACUCUGGGAAGGAUUCGGGAUUUGCUUUCGAUAUCAGCUGAACAUGAGCUCCCAGUGUGACACUGGCCAAAAGAACAAUGGGAGUCUGGGAUGCAUAAACAAAGGAGUCUUGAGUAGGAGCAGAGAGGUUAUUUUAUCUCUGUGUAUGGAACUCGUGUUAUUGCUGCUGGAAUUUUGUGUCCAGUUCUGGUGUCCACAACUCAAGAAGGCUGUGGAUAAAUUGGACAGGGGGGGGGGUCAAAGAAGAGCCAAGAGAAUGAUUAAAGGAUUGGAAAAUAAGCCAUAUAGUGAUAGACUCCAGGAGCACAAUCUAUUUGGUUUAACAAAGAGAAGGUUAAGGGGUGACUUGAUCAAGUGUAUAAGUAUCAAUAUGGGGAACAAAUAUUUAAUAAUGGCUAUGACACUGACAGACAAUAUGCGAGUUCAUGCCAAGGCCCGGGACUCACUGAACCCAUACAAAUUCACCUCUCUUCUACCCCAUGAGAAGGCUAGAGACUGAGAUUGUGUACUGUUCAGGCUUUUCUUUGAUUUUUAGUGUUUCUUAUGCCUCUCCCACAACCCCUUUUGCCCCCUCCUAACUGGUUGCUUGCGCUUCUCUUGUGCUAGGAGUUGAGGCAGUCGUACAUUAAACUCCCACCAAAACCAGCAGCACUUUAGCGCUAUUUCUUUUCUUUUCUCAUUAUACUAACAAACCCAGCUGGUUAAGCAGAAUUAACACACACUGUGUUUGUCACACAUAUUAGUAAGGAUCUAAGAAGAUCAAAUGGGCAAACAAAACCCCAGAGUCUAUCAGGCAAAUAGAAUGCUAUAUUACCAUCACUGGGGUCUUGGGACUGGAAUCAACCUGAUUGUUUUGAUCUUUGUUUAAAGUGAGCAUUUAUCACUAAGGCCAGUCUGCCUGGUGAAAUCUAAUUAUAACGCUUGCUAGAAGUCUGGGGUGUCUUUCCUGCUUUUUAACAAUCUGCCCUGAGCUUGGCACUCUCGGUCGGGAGUUACUCCAGACAAAGUGACAAUGGGCUAUUCAGUCUAGCAGAGAAAGUUAUAAAACGAUUCAGUGGCUUGAUUCAGACUGGAAACAAGAUGUAAAUUUUUAACAGAGCAUUAU